GAAAAAUCACUUGGACACUCGUCGAGCACUGACAAUCUCUCAAGAUGAAGUUUGCAUUAGCAUUCGUUGUCUUGUUGGCAAUCACAAGCACCAUCUCAUCGUACUCAAUCAAUCGCCAAGAUGAAGAAGGAUUUAUCGAAAAUUUUGAAGAAAAACGCGCCCUUACAGAUUUUUGGAACAAAGUAAAGACCGCUGCAUCAAAACUGAAGGACGACAUCAAAGGCAAGGUAUUAAAAGUCUUGGAAGAGUACAAACCAAAGAUUGUUGGUGCCUUAAACAACUUCAAGAAAGUGGUUGUUGAUGGUACCAAGAAAGUCAUCAUCGAGGUGUGUGGACAAAUUGUUCGAGUUAUUGCUGAUGGUGAAAGUGCUACAUCUGGUGGAAUCUGUCCAUCUUCAAUUAAGACUUCAGAAAUUUACGUUGAGAUUAGUGAUGCUCAACCAAGCGCUCUCUCCUUUGGUGACAUUUGGGGCAAAGUAAAAACAGUCGUUACUGAUCUUGGAGACAAAAUCGACGCCAAAACAAAAGAAUUGAUCAAUAAAUACAAACCACAAAUUGUCGAAGGAUUAAAAAAAGUACACAAAGUCGUCGUUAUUGAAGGAAAGAAAAUCGUCAUCCAGAUUAUUAACGAUGUUGUAAAGGUUGUUGUUGGUGGAGAUGAUGGGGCGUCGACUACUGUUGUCAAGAGGGGUAUUUCUGACACUUGGAACAAAGUAAAGACCGCUGCAUCAAAACUGAAGGACGACAUCAAAAACAAGGUAUUAAAAGUCUUGGAAGAGUACAAACCAAAGAUUGUUGGUGCCUUAAACAACUUCAAAAAAGUGGUUGUUGAUGGUACCAAGAAAGUCAUCAUCGAGGUGUGUGGACAAAUUGUUCGAGUUAUUGCUGAUGGUGAAAGUGCUACAUCUGGUGGAAUCUGUCCAUCUUCAAUUAAGACUUCAGAAAUUUACGUUGAGAUUAGUGAUGCUCAACCAAGCGCUCUCUCCUUUGGUGACAUUUGGGCCAAAGUAAAAACAGCCGUUACUGAUCUUGGAGACAAAAUCGACGCCAAAACAAAAGAAUUGAUCAAUAAAUACAAACCACAAAUUGUCGAAGGAUUAAAAAAAGUACACAAAGUCGUCGUUAUUGAAGGAAAGAAAAUCGUCAUCCAGAUUAUUAACGAUGUUGUAAAGGUUGUUGUUGGUGGAGAUGAUGGGGCGUCGACUACUGUUGUCAAGAGGGGUAUUUCUGACACUUGGAACAAAGUAAAGACCGCUGCAUCAAAACUGAAGGACGACAUCAAAGGCAAGGUAUUAAAAGUCUUGGAAGAGUACAAACCAAAGAUUGUUGGUGCCUUAAACAACUUCAAAAAAGUGGUUGUUGAUGGUACCAAGAAAGUCAUCAUCGAGGUGUGUGGACAAAUUGUUCGAGUUAUUGCUGAUGGUGAAAGUGCUACAUCUGGUGGAAUCUGUCCAUCUUCAAUUAAGACUUCCGAAAUUUACGUUGAGAUUAGUGAUGCUCAACCAAGCGCUCUCUCCUUUGGUGACAUUUGGGGCAAAGUAAAAACAGCCGUUACUGAUCUUGGAGACAAAAUCGACGCCAAAACAAAAGAAUUGAUCAAUAAAUACAAACCAAAAAUUGUCGAAGGAUUAAAAAAAGUACACAAAGUCGUUGUCAUUGAAGGAAAGAAAAUUGUUAUCCAGAUUAUUAACGAUGUUGUAAAGGUUGUUGUUGGUGGAGAUGAUGGAGUAUCGACCACGAAUUAUUGAAAUGGCAUAGAUUUUUACGUGGAGAAGAUUAUAACUUGUGUAAUUUUUAAGUGAAUACGGAAAAAAUUCAAAAGGAA